CCUCGGCCGGCCGCGGAAGAAGAGAGACCAUGCAGGUCUCCAGCCUCAACGAGGUGAAGAUCUACAGCCUGAGCGCCGGUCGGAGCCUUCCUGAGUGGCUUUCUGAUAGAAAGAAAAGAGCAUUACAGAAGAGAGAUGUCGAUAUUCAAAGGAGAAUUGAACUUCUCCAAGACUUUGACAUGCCCACAGUUAGUACAAAGCUCAAGGUUUCACGAGAUGGGCAGUAUGUUAUGGCAGCAGGAACCUAUAAACCUAGAGUCCGAUGUUUUGAUACCUAUCAAUUAUCCAUGAAGUUUGAAAGAUGCUUAGAUUCUGAAGUUAUUACAUUUGAUAUAUUAUCAGAUGAUUACUCAAAGAUUGUUUUUUUGCUAUGUGACCGAUAUGUGGAAUUUCACUCCCAACACGGUCGUUAUUACAGAACCAGAAUUCCCAAGUUUGGUAGAGAUUUUUCAUACCAUUAUCCAUCGUGUGACCUGUAUUUUGUAGGAGCAAGCUCUGAAGUUUACAGACUAAACCUGGAACAAGGAAGGUAUCUGAAUUCCCUACAGACAGAUGCAUCGGAGAAUCAUGUAUGCGAUAUAAAUUCAGCACACGGUUUAUUUGCAACUGGGACAGUUGAGGGAAAGGUGGAAUGCUGGGAUCCAAGAACACGAAACCGAGUUGGAGUACUGGAUUGCGCGUUAAGCAGCACAACAGCCAAUAAAGAGAUAGAAGGUCUCCCCUCUAUUUCAGCCCUGAAAUUUGACGGAGCACUGAAUAUGGCUGUUGGGACGUCCACAGGCCAGGUUUUGUUCUAUGAUCUCCGAUCAAGUAAUCCAUUAAUUGUGAAAGAUCACCAAUAUGGCUUGCCUAUUAGAUCAAUCCAGUUCCAAAAUUCAUUAGAUUUGGUUAUUUCUGCUGAUUCACGAAUUAUAAAACUUUGGAACAAGGACACAGGGAAAAUAUUCACUUCCAUGGAACCUGAACAUGAAAUUAAUGAUGUCUGCAUAUACCCUAAUUCGGGAAUGCUGUUCACAGCCAAUGAAGCACCCAAAAUGAAUAUCUACUACAUUCCGGUGUUAGGUCCAGCUCCAAAAUGGUGCUCGUUCCUUGAUAACCUAACAGAAGAGCUGGAGGAGAACCCAGAGACAACAGUGUAUGACGAUUACAAAUUUGUAACAAGAAAAGACCUUGAAAAUUUAGGGCUUACACAUCUCAUUGGAUCCCCAUUACUCCGUGCAUACAUGCAUGGAUUUUUCAUGGACAUAAGACUGUAUCACAAGGUUAAAAUGAUGGUGAAUCCAUUUGCCUAUGAGGAGUAUAGGAAAGAGAAAAUCAGGCAGAAGAUAGAAGAAACUCGUGCCCAAAGAGUGCAACUGAAGAAACUUCCCAAGGUUAAUAAAGAGCUGGCCCUAAAACUUAUCGAGGAAGGAGAAGAAAAUCUGGAAGAUGGAAGGAAAAAAAAGCAAAAGAAAACACCCAACAUUCUUACUGACGAUCGCUUCAAAGUCAUGUUUGAGAACCCAGAUUUUCAGGUGGAUGAGAAAAGCGAAGAGUUCCGGUUGCUCAAUCCGCUGGUUUCUAAAAUAAGUGAGAAAAGGAAGAAGAAGUUGAAGAUGCUAGAGCAGCAAGAAACUUUGGGAGAGGAAGAAGAGGAAGAACCAGAAGGAAAACCAAGUGAUGCAGAAAGUUCUGAGACUUCAGAUGAUGAAAAAGGCUGGGUUGAAGAGGUCAGGAAACAGCGCAGACUUCUCCGCCAAGAGGAAAAAGUAAAAAGGCAGGAAAGGUUGAAGGAGGAUCGGCAGACUGUCUUGAAGCCUCAGUUUUUUGAGAUUAAAGCUGGGGAAGAGUUCAGAAGUUUCAAGGACACGGCUCAAAGGCAAAAGUUAAUGAAGAAAACUCUUGGUGAUCGCUUGCAGCUUGAAGAGAAGGUUGGCGCACUAAGUGUACAUGAUACCACUGUAGGAAGCAAACAGGUUACCUUUAAAUUAAAAAAGUCAGAGCAACAGAAGAAACAGCAGGAAGCAGAGAGGCAUCAUCAUCAGGAGAGGAGAGAGCUGAGACGUUCAGCCAGUCACCUGAAAAGUAAACGAGGAAGAGGACGGCCCUUCCACUGACUGAAUGGUUCUACUUUUAUACUCCCGGAGGUCCAAGAGAUUGGUCCUAAAUCAUGUACACAGGAGAAGUAACAUCUUGUCAAGUCCUGUUUUGACUGAGGAGGAAAAGCCACAUGUGAGAAGCAGGGGUGUUUGUUGAGGAGCUGUGAGUGGUUAUCACAUAACCUUGUGAUUCUUAUGCAAAACUUUCUACGCAAACUGGACUGCAUUCUCUUUUUUAAUUACAUUUGAACAUCUAUUUACUGUUUUUGAAAAAAAAUGGACAGUGUUUUUCCUCAAAGUUUUUAUAAACAUCACUGGAUAAAACUUUUAAUUGUUUCGUUAGGCCCAUCUAGCAUUAGGAAGUCAACUGAUAAAGUGUGCCAAUAACAUUUGCCACAAGAAUAACACACAGAAACCAGAACUCUGACUUUUAAUGAUCCCAUUAAGCAAAGCCUUGCUCUAACAAAAGAUUUGGGUAUGCUUGCUGUCAAGCUCCCCCAAUAUAUUUAUGGUCCAUUUCAAAAGAGAAGUGUGCUUAACCAUGCAGAUACAUAUGGGUGUUAAUAUAAUUGAAUACAAGAAACUACUUUAAUCCUGACCAUUUUGGCACUGUGUUAAUGCUCAGUCUGAUUUUACAGAUGUGUCGCAUAUGAGACUGAUCCCUUUCAUGUCCGCAGUGGACAGAUCCUAGCCUAUAGGUGAAUACAAAAUCCCUUUCUUACCAUUAUAUCCCUCUUUAAUAUGAAACUCCAAUCUGGCAUACUGUUUGAACAGGGGGGUGAGUUUCUGGGGCUGCCUGCCUGUGUCUGAUUACAGCUGCUCCUGUCACAAACCUGCUUCUUUUGUAGGUAGACAAAUGAAAGUGCCUCCUCAUUUGUUUGGCAGACUGUAUAAUGUUUAUGUCUUGUCGCAAUGUGUCAAUGUAGUGCAGCACUUACAGUGCCAUCUUACACAGAGUUACAACUUUCUAGUCUUGUUGACUUCUAUGGAAUUGCAUUUAGAAGGACACUGUCUCUGCUUAGGAUAGCACUGUUGGUGUCAUAACACAACAGAGAAGGAGGAAAUCCAUUUAAAUGCCGAAAUUAAAAGACCGAAGAAGCUUGAAGAAGAAAAACAGAUCACGUCUCUGAUAAAAGAACUGCUCCAGACGGCACUGAGAAUAGUCUUCCCUAUGGUGGUUUCUGCACAAGAAUCAAAGAUCUGUAGAAAAAGAAAGAUGGUUGUCUUUGAUGCAAAUUGAGAACUGCAAAGCAUUUCAGAAGUUGGGAAGAAAACUACACUAAUGUCUUUCAAGGUUAUGGGUACUUCUAGUUGAUCAUCUCACCCUUUCUACGAGUACAUUCUUGAGUAAAGUGUUUUGUAUGGUAUGGCCAGUCUUCAUUGGUUGUUUAGAACUGGCUGUGCAUAGGCAGUUUGCAUAGGUUCCUCCCUUGUGUUUUUCUUCCAUGGAGAUUUUUAUGGUUUCUGUCUCUGCAUCACAAAUGCUUAUGGAAGAGUUUCCAGAAAAAGCAAAAAUUUGAUUUAAUCACUUUAAAUGUUUCUGGAAUGUGGACCGCUAGCAUCAACUUUACAACCAGCAACCUCAUGAAUAACAUAUAUGCAGUCCUGCUGUGACACGACUGCGCUGUGGGGUUACUAAUUUAUUACUUCAACUGUGUCCGUUGUUUGUUAACUCUGACCUAGUUCUUCCUAUUUAUUAAAUGUAAAGCCUCCCUUGACUUCCUCGUGCCAACCUUGCAUUGCCCACCUGGCAUCAUGUAAGUCUAGAGAAAACAAGAAUUUUACAAUAAAGAAAUCCCCAAUGUUGGAUAUUUGGUGAAAGGUAUUUGGUGAAUUGAGCAUAUUUGGUGAAAGAUGUUUAAUAUGAAUAUUUUACUCUGAGUGUGAAUUUUCUUUGUGCAAAUUAAUAUAUUACUUGUGGUCGUUUUUGCCUUGCAAUAGUAAAAACUGCAUCCCAUAGAGCACAUGCGGGGGGGGCGGGAGGGGAGAAUAGAGGAAUAGAUAGAGUAUAUAUCAGAAAGAGAGAGUAGCUGGGAAUAGAAGGAGAAAAGGAACAAAUAAGUGUACUUGGAGCCCGGACAAAGCUGGAUCAUCUGGGGAGGUGGCAAGUGGGGGAAAGAACCAAACCCUUCAUACAUCCUCCAGGUCUUUCUAGCAAGGCACCUGCCUCAUAGUGGAUUAUGCGCUCCUGGCAUGUCCAGUGCCCAGAAGCUAAGUGCCUUCCUAGCAGAAUUGGUGGGAGUGAUUGCUGAGGAGGAGCCAUCAUAACUCAGGACAGUGGAAGGGGGAGAUGAGGAGAGGCCUGGGCAAAGAGUUGCAUGUUGGAGCCUGUGAUAUGUCCAAGUUGGGCCCUUCUUCCCAGCAGGUGGAGGGGUACGUGGCAAGAGAAGUGCAUACCUGAGAUCGGGUCAGGCAGGGAUGGCGCCCCCUUCAAGUUGUGCCCAGAGAAUGUGCCCUGCCUGCCCCACCGUAGAUCUGCCUCUGUCAGUGAGGGCUCCCUGUCAAAGGAACGAAGUUAGUCUAAGGCCCCUUCCGCACACGCAAAAUAAUGCGUUUUCAAACCACUUUCACAACUGUUUGCAAGUGGAUUUUGCCAUUCCGCACAGCUUCAAAGAGCACUGAAAGCAGUUUGAAAAUGCAUUAUUCUGCAUUUGCUGAAUGAGCCUAAGAGAGCACAACUGGACCACUGUCACUUAGUAGGGUAGCCAACUUGCCCUGAAGCUCCUGUGCUGCUGUUGCUGCUGCUCAAUUAGGUGGUGGGGGAAUUUGGAGGAAGGCAUUCCACAACACCACAAAAUCAGCUGUGUAUCACUUCCUACUGUGCACCCAGAAGUGACAUUGUCGCACUGUAUGACUCGCUAAAAAUUUCCCCUAUCUCUGUGGUUUUUACCAUAGAGUUUCAAGGAUAUCAUAAAACAACAUGCAAUGUGGUGAUCUCAUUUCCAGUUGCAAUCAGAAGUGAUGUUGCAAUGUCACACGAUGCCAUUUUACCAGGUAUUCCCACCCCCCAGAAGCCUGGAACCUACCAGUGCUGGACAGAUGACCCAUUCUGGGGUCCCCCUGCUUCUAGUCCAACAUACUAAUCACUACACGAUGUAGUCAUAAACCCCUUGAGGGCCAGCAAAGAUGACUGGUGUGUCACAAGUUGUUGCGGCCUGUACCACGUAGAAUGAUUUCAAAGCAACCUCUGUUGGGAUGCUAUAUUUAUUUAGCCUAUUUCACCCUCUUGUAGGGGACAUUUAGUUGCAUGUGAGAUUCCUUUUUAAGCCAGGAGUUAUUCUAUUUUAAGGCAAUAUGCUUAAUGCCAAAAUCAGUUUAUCCUCAAUCUUUUAUGGUUUGCCUUAAAGUUGUGAGAGCUCCCUUCCUCCAUCCUCUCCAAAGCUUUAAUCUCGCUUAACUGAUUUUAUCAAUCGUUAUGGUUUUUCUUCUUGGCCACUAUGAAUUCUGUCUCCGUAUCUGACUAAAGCGGCUGUGAUUAUUGGUUUAUCUCAGAACCAUCAGUUCCCACAAUGAGGCUCCAAAGCCUUUUAUUUUUUGGAUCAGAGCAAAUGUGAUCUUAAAGAGUGGUUUUUACAGAAUUAUGCUAAAGUCACAUUUCAGAUUGUAGUUUUUGUUGUAAUGCCCUAAUAUAGCAUCACACAGAUAUUCCUUCUGACAAUAAAGGUUUGCAACAUAAA